GAAAACAAACAAAUAUGGCGGACGACGUGGAAGAAAUAAAAUGUGUUGAAAAAAUGGUGUCUGAUCAAGACAAAUCCUUAGAGACUGACCUCAAAUACCCCAAGAGUAAUUGCGAAGACAAUAGUGAAGCAACUGGUGGAGAAUUUCAAGGAGAUAUUGCGAAGAAAGAGAGCUGUGUUGAUGAAAAACAAACAAAAACAACUGAAGACGAAGUGGCAAUUUUAUUUGAAAAUGUGAAAGAGAAGAACGACGAAGAACUUUUCCAGGAAUUGGUAGUUCCUACCGAAGAGAACAGAAGUGCUGAGGUCAAGGAAGAAGAUCUUGAGGUAGAGAAGGUUGAGAAUACAGAAGAUAAAGACGAUGCUAAUGAAGACAGUCGUGAAGAAUUAUCAUUUGCACAUGAAAGUGUGGAGUCUGAAAUGUCGACACACCCUCCAGCUGAUUUACACCCCGAAGGAACAGAAUUCAGACAUCGAAACGUAACUGAGAAGAUUCAAAAUAUAGAGGAGAUUCCUACGGAUCAGCCGAGAGACCAAACUAAAGAUACUAUGAAUGACCAUGGCACGGCAGAUACUGGCAGAACAGAACUCGCUGAGGAAGAGAUUAUCUUUAGUAAUGUUGAUCAUGGACACCCUACAGACCAAGAAACUAGCCCAAAAAGAUUUUCUGUGCUGAAGUAUUUCUUGGCAGAAAUAUCACGAGGAUAUGUUUUGGAGCUUGAUGAGGAUCGUUAUGCUGACAAGAGAAAAAAGAUUUACACCUGUAUGAAGAUCCCCAAGGAAGUGGAAAAGCUCAUGAUAUUUGGGUUCAUGCUUUGUCUGGAUUGUUUCCUGUUCAUGUUUACAUUUCUUCCUGUUCGUGUUCUCGUCGCCAUGUGGAAAUUAGUCUCUGGAUUCUUCUGUUGUAAAAAAACAAGACUGCUUGAGCCAGCACAAAUAUGUGAUGUGUUAAAAGCUUCAAUUAUAGUCAUAGUGUUUAUCUUCUUGGAGAAUGUUGAUUUCUCUGUGCUUUAUCACACUGUACGUGGACAGUCUGUUAUCAAGCUAUAUGUUAUUUACAACAUGUUAGAGGUUGCAGAUCGGCUUUGCUCCUCUUUUGGACAAGAUGUUUUAGAUGCAUUAUUUUGGACAGCAACAGAGCCUCGUGACAGAAAAAGAGAACAUGUUGGAACUCUACCUCACUUCGCUUUAGGUGUUAUUUAUGUCUUUUUGCAUUCAGUGCUGGUAUUGUUCCAAGCAACGUGUCUGAAUGUUGCUGUUAACUCACAUAACAAAGCCUUACUUGUCAUUAUGGUUUCUAAUCAGUUUGUAGAACUUAAAGGAAGUGUUUUCAAGAGGUUCGAGAAGAACAACUUGUUUCAGAUGGCUUGUAGUGAUAUAAGAGAAAGAUUCCAUUAUCUAGUACUGGUUAGCAUUGUAUGCUUACGAAAUUUAACAGAGUUUAACUGGAACAUGGAACACCUUUAUGUCAUUGCACCUUACCUGUUUGCUACUGUAUCAUCUGAGUACUUUGUGGACUGGGUUAAACAUGCUUUUAUUACCAAGUUCAAUGAUAUCCCACCAGAGGUUUACACAGAGUACAGAUCAAGACUGGCUAAAGAUGCUAUUUCUAGCAGACAAAAAAAUGCACAUGCAGACCAUUUUGACUUGGUUUCUAGGAGAAUGGGAUUCAUUCCUCUUUCACUUGGGGCUCUGGUCAUUCGAGUUAUCACACAUUCCAUUCAUGUCCAUGGAAAUGGAGGUGUGGCUCUCAUUGUCUCCACAUAUUUUUUCCUUUUAACCCUAAAGAUCCUGAACAGCAUCAUCUUUCUUGGUAAAGCCCCUGAAUAUGCCAAAGAAUACCCAGACAGUGAUGAAACAAAGACCAAACCAAACUACAGCUCAUCCUCCAAAAACCACAGGUAUACCACAAAUGAUAGACCUGGAAGUUCAACUGAAAGUACAACUGAACAAAACAAGAAGAACACUGGGAAAAAGAGUCUGUCAGAGAUAGAUCGGUACACACUGUGCAGCAAAGAGAUCGUUCUGUUUUAGUAUCCUAUGCUCUUUUGUUUCGCAAAAUGGAAAUUGAGUUCAACCAAUGCCAUAGCAACCAAUGUCAUGGCAAACAAUGCAUAGCAACAAACAGAUAAAUGAGAGAACAAACAAAAUCAUAGAACAUAUCAAUCCUGGUUGCAGUAAGUAAACAUACACCAAUGACAAAUCUCAAACCAGAAAGGGCCAGAAAAACAAAACAAAAACAAACCAUAUAGCAUAAAAGAUCCUACCAUAGUAUCCAUCCCCAUAGCAACCAUCCUCAUAGCAACCAUCCUCAUAGCAACCAU